UCUCUCCUUUUCCCGACUGCCUUCUUCUCCUCUAUCUUCUUAUUUUCCUCUCUGCAUCUCAUUCUCUGUCUCAGAUCUGGAAUAUCUCGACGCCUCGCCGCCGCACCUCGCCGCCUCAUCUUCUUCUCCUCUCUGUCAGUGUCUCGCCGAACACCGAACCAAACCACACUGAGAAAUCGGCGCCCCGACCACAUCGGUUUCAAGAGCUUCGGUCCGGCGUGAGGUCCCAGAAAUUGACAAACCGUGGCCUUGGGUUCGACGCUUGGUGGAGGCUCAACACCGAACCAAACCAGAGCGAGCCCAGGCCUAGUUCAAAUGGCAGAUGCAGUCUUCAAAUUCCAGGAGAGAUUUGGAUGCUAGGGUUUAGGGCGUGACUCGAGAGAGUUUACCUGAUGACGUCAUCUGAAAUAAAAUCUGGGGCAUUGGUUUCAUUGCAAGACCUACAUCCAUCUUCCUCUUAUUUCAAGCAAGGGGCUUCGUUGAGAGUAACUGGAAAGUUACAAGAGUAUUCUGUAGAGACAGCCAUUGCCACAAUUAUUGAUGGAAGUGACAGCUUAAAAAUCAACACCCAACACCUCAGGGAGCUUAGCUUUCGAGUCGGAUCUAUCUACCAGUUCAUCGGCGAGCUGCUUAUUCAACCUGAUAAUGAGGCAGUCUUGCAGGCACGUGUGGGUAGGAAUGUUGAUGGCAUUGAUCUCAAUCUCUAUUAUCAGUCUCUCCAAUUGUUGAGGCAAUUUCAGGCUCAUCAUUUGAAGAACCCAGUAACUUAAAAUAUUGUAACUUUAGAGUCAAUUUAAAGACCAAAUUACCCUCAGCAGCCAACCCAUCAAACAGUGCAAAUUGAAAUCGUAAUGGCAAAAAGGUCAAAGCAAAUGGCCCAAUGAUCACUUCAUAAUUGAACCCAAACGAAUAUAUUUAGUCGGGCCCUCAGAUUUUUCAUGGAUUUGACCUUCCGACGAAAAGCUUAUGAGAUUUUUUUAAAUA